UUUGGUGGAAAACUUUUACACCCUGACAGCGCUGCAGGACGGGAGCGAUGGGGUCGGAGAGCCCGAGCCCGCAGAACCCCGGCUGUAAAAUCAUGACCUUCCGACCCUCGCUGGACGAGUUCCGCGAUUUUGGCAAAUUCAUCGCCUACAUGGAAUCCCAGGGAGCCCACCGGGCUGGGCUGGCAAAGCAUUGCUGUGCUGCCCCCAGCACUCCUGACAUGCCUGUGCCCCCUGGCAGGUACUGCACCCCUCGGCACCAGGACUUUGAGGACCUGGAAAGAAAGUACUGGAAGAACCUGACCUUUGUGUCCCCCAUCUAUGGGGCUGACAUCAGUGGCUCCCUGUACGAUGCAGACGUGGAUGAGUGGAACAUUGGCAAUCUGAACACGCUGCUGGACAUGGUGGAGCACGAGUGUGGCAUCAUCAUCGAGGGUGUGAACACUCCCUACCUCUACUUUGGGAUGUGGAAGACAACGUUUGCUUGGCACACAGAGGACAUGGAUCUCUACAGCAUCAACUACUUGCAUUUUGGGGAGCCCAAAUCCUGGUAUGCCAUCCCCCCCGAGCACGGCAAGAGGCUGGAACGCCUGGCCAAAGGAUUUUUCCCAGGCAGCUCUCAGGGAUGUGACGCUUUCCUCCGGCACAAGAUGACCCUCAUUUCUCCCUCCAUCCUGAAGAAAUAUGGGAUCCCCUUUGACAGGAUCACGCAGGAGGCCGGGGAGUUCAUGAUCACAUUUCCCUAUGGCUACCACGCCGGCUUCAACCACGGCUUCAACUGCGCCGAGUCCACCAACUUCGCCACGCUGCGCUGGAUCGACUACGGGAAAAUGGCCACUCAGUGCACGUGCCGUAAGGACAUGGUGAAGAUCUCCAUGGAUGUGUUUGUCAGGGUGCUGCAGCCCGAGCGUUACGAGCUCUGGAAGCAGGGCAAGGACAUCGCUGUCCUGGACCACAUGAAGCCCACGGCCCUGAGCAGCCCCGAGCUGGAUGCCUGGAACGAGACCAAGGCAGAGCUGAAGGCAAAACUGCUCCGAAGGAUAGGAGAUGAGGAAGAGGACAGCAAACACCGGUCUCACAGAAAAAGGAGUCAACCCAGAAGACACAAAACAGAGGAUCAGAAGUCUCUUGGGGAUGUCAUGGCUAUUGAAACUGCCUUGGAAGAUGUGAAAGUAAAAGAGGAGCUGAAAAGGGGGCCGGAUCUGGAGGAAGAGGAAAGAAGCAAAGGGAUGGAGGGAGAAGGGGAGUGCAAGGCCCGGGCGCGGCCCCCGAAGGCCAAGGGCGAGCGGAGGAAGAAGCAGGCGCCAUUUCCCCCCCAGCCCCCCGUGCCGCCCCCACAGCCGCCCCCCGAGGCCGGGCCGAGCCCAGCGCGACCCCCGGGGCCACCCCCAGCCCCGGCCCCGGGCCAGGCCCGGCCCCCGGCCCCCCUGAACGUGGUGCAGCCAUCGGAGGCCCCGGCCGAGGAGGACGACUUCAGGCCGCGGCCCAUCAUCCCCAUGCUGUACGUGGUGCCCCGCAGCAAGAAGGUGGUGUUUGACAAGGAGCACAUGUCGUGCCAGCAGGCCUUCGAGCAGUUCGCCACACAGAAAGGGCUGGGCUGGCGUGAGCCCGGCCCUGCCAAGGACGAGGACGGCGCCGAGGCCGAGCACGCCCAGCUCGCCACAGAGGCUGCUUCUGCCUUCUCCAAGAUGAAGAUGGAGAUCAAGAAGAGCCGGCGGCACCCGCUGGGCAAGCCCCCGACGCGCUCACCACUGUCCGUGGUCAAACAGGAGACCUCGAGUGAUGAGGAAAUGUUCCCAUUUUCUGGAGAGGAAGAUAUGAGCGAUCCAGAGGCUUUGAAAUCUUUACUUUCCUUCCAGUGGAAGAACAAAGCACUUAAUUUCCCAGCUGAAAGGAAGUUCAAUGCAGCUGCUGCCCUGAGUGAGCCAUACUGUGCUGUCUGCACCCUCUUCUACCCCUAUAACCAGUCCUCACAGGUGGAGAGAGAAGCUGCCCCAGUGUCCACAGGGGAGCCUCCCACCUUCGUGCACCUUUCCAAGUGUGGGCAGAGGAGCAAGCCCCUGAUCCCAGAGAUGUGCUUCACCUCCAGUGGAGAGAACACCGAGCCCCUUCCUUCAAACUCCUACAUUGGAGAGGAUGGAACCAGCCCCUUGAUCUCCUGUGCCAAAUGCUGCCUGCAGGUUCAUGCUAGCUGUUAUGGGAUCCGCCCGGAGCUGGUGAACGAGAGCUGGGCGUGCUCGCGGUGCUCUGCCGGCGCCUGGGCAGCGGAAUGCUGCCUGUGCAAUCUCAGGGGAGGAGCUCUCCAGAUGACCACUGAUGGCCGGUGGGUGCACGUGAUCUGUGCCAUUGCUGUCCCCGAGGCGCGUUUCCUCAAUGUCAUCGAGCGUCAUCCUGUGGAUAUCAGCGCCAUCCCCGAGCAGAGGUGGAAACUGAGGUGUGUGUACUGCAGGAAGAGGAUGAAGAAGGUCUCAGGGGCCUGUGUGCAGUGUUCCUACGAGCACUGCUCCACGUCGUUCCACGUGACGUGUGCGCACGCGGCCGGCGUGCCCAUGGAGCCCGAGGACUGGCCCUACGUCGUGUCCAUCACCUGCUUCAAGCACAAAGCAGCAAACCAGAACGUGCCAUUCCGCAGGGAGGUGGCCCUGGGGCAGGCAGUGAUCACCAAGAACAGGAACGGGCUCUACUAUCGCUGCAGGGUCAUUGGCACCAGCACCCAGACCUUCUACGAAGUGAACUUCGACGAUGGCUCCUACAGUGACAACGUCUACCCCGAGAGCAUCAUUAGCAGGGACUGCAUCCAGAUGGGGCCCCCCCCGGAGGGGGAGCUGGUGCAGCUGCAGUGGACGGAUGGGAUCAUCUACAAGGCCAAGUUCAUUGCAGCCCAGAUCAGCCAGAUUUACCAGGUGGAGUUUGAAGAUGGCUCUCAGCUAAUGGUGAAGCGUGGGGAUAUUUAUACCUUGGAGGAAGAGCUUCCCAAGAGAGUCAAAUCUCGCCUGUCCCUCAGCACUGGGGCCCCUCAGGAAGAUGCAUUUUCAGGAGAUGAAGUGAGAGCAGCCAAGCGUCCCCGGCUGGGGAAUCCCAGAAAUCCUGAGGAAUAUGGACAGACCCCAGAUUACCUGGCCUUUAUGGAGAGCCUGCUGCAGACACAGUACCAGCCUGGGACUCAGAGUAACAUGUUUUAACCAGGAUUCAUCCAAAAUAUUCGAUUAACCCUUUUUGAGAUCAUGGAAACAUAAAUAGGAAACUGUGGAAUGGAAGACCAGCCCUGUGCAAUAGUCUGCUGUGAAUUUCUUUCAUCUCCUCUUGGUUUGGACUGCAGGAAAUCCCUGUCUGGCUGCUACCUCGACCUUGCCAGGAGUUGCUGACCAAGAGCUGGGGAGCUUGGAAACCCUUCAGCUUUUCACACGGAGACUUUGGAAGAGUUUCUACAGAUGGAGCUUUGUGACUGGUUCUUUUUUAUGAGGAAAGGGUUAAAAUUUAACAAAUUGACUUUUUCAAACCUGUCAAACUUUUGUCUUUCAAGGUGCUAUUACAUUGACUACUGAAGCAGCCUUUGGAAUCGUGUUUUCUGUACAUAGACACCACCUUUGUGAAGUUUUCUAUGAAUGAGCAUUAUUAAAAAAAAAAAAGCAAGCAAAAAUAGGAAAACGAAAGUUUCCACAAAACAUUUUUCUAGAUUAUGGCUUUAAAACAGAAAAUAAAUGAAAUCCUCCCCCCUCACCUCCAAAUGAAUUGUGACUGAUGUUACAGUGGGGAGAGGGAGAGCAGGAGCAGAUGUCCUGGGAUGUUCUGGGUUCUUCUUUUGUAAAGAAACUCUGUCUUUGUAAGCUGGGGAAGGUGGGGGAAAAACGUUCACCUUGGGAUGUUUCUGCCAUUGGCUCUCUGGAAGCCCUGGGUGGAUGUUGGCAUCGCUGCCACAUCACCAGGGAGGGGCUUAGACAAGAAAUGGCCAGGCUGGCUCAUUCCUGUCAUCUUCCUUCCCCAUCUUUGCCAUCACACUUGCUUUCUAGUUCAGGAUCAGCAUGGCUUUGAGUUGCAGUGUGCCCCCAGGUUUGGCAGGUGUUCUGCUGCUCCUUGUGUUAUUUCCCCACGAGAGCUCCAGGGGCUGCCCUGACAGCAUUUCUCCUUUGGGAACUUUUCUCUUUCUUUGUCUCUUUAUUUUUUAAUUUUUUUUUUUUUUUUUUUUUGAGUUGUGCUCCUUACAGUGUGAGAAUCAUUCCAUGACAGAAGCUUGGGAGGUGUUUGUAUGUUUUUUCUUUUAUCCUAUUAAAGAAGAAAUUCCCCAAACA